AUGUUGGACCCCAUCCCUCCGCCGCCAGAAUGGCUUCAAGAUGCUGUCCGCCCCUUCUCUGAAUACGUUGCUUUACCCUCUUUGCCAUAUCAUAUUCAUGAAGUUAUUGGUGCUUUUGUUUUCUACCAACUUGUCCAGUCCGUCAUUUCACCCAUGCUGUCCUCAUGGCUUUUCCCGACUAUAUAUCCCAAGUUCCCGCGACGAACCAAGUUAAACUGGGAUGUUCAUGUUGUCUCGCUUGUUCAGAGUACUCUGAUAAAUUCUGUUGCUAUCUGGGUGUUGUUUGUGGAUAAAGAAAGGAAGAACAUGAAUACAGCCGAAAAGGUAUUCGGCUACAACAGCAGCUGUACAAUGAUCCAGGCCCUUGCUACAGGGUAUUUCCUCUGGGAUCUGAUAGUCAGCACUCUCCAUAUUGAUAUAUUCGGAAUCGGGUUAUUCUUUCAUGCCGUUAGCGCUCUAUGCGUCUUCAGCUUGGGAUUCCGACCUUUUGUGAAUUUCUAUAGCCCGAUAUUUAUUCUUUACGAACUUUCAAGUCCGUUUCUCAAUUUUCACUGGUUCUUCGACAAAGUCAACAUGACUGGAAGUAGGGCUCAGUGGUACAAUGGCAUAAUACUUCUCGCUGUAUUUUUUAGUUGUCGUUUGGUAUGGGGAACAUACCAGUCAGUACGGGUCUUCACGGAUAUUUUCAAGGCACUUAGUCAGUCUCGUGGUUCCGAAGAUCUUCGAACUCCAUUCGACAUCUACACAAUGGUUUUCCAGGGACGGAAUAAUACGAUUUGCAUCGAUGAGGCUUGCGUGAAAGCCAGCAAUGAAAUAUCCAAAUUUGCGCAUCAUCAGGAAGAUGGCAUUCCACUUUGGCUUGUGCUUCUAUACCUCGGCAGCAACCUCAUCCUUAACUCUUUGAACUUCUUUUGGUUUUCAAAGAUGAUUGAUACCGUCAUGAAGAGGUUCAGGGCGCCCGCGGAGGGUAAGGUGAAACAGGAAAUUAUUCCAAAAGUUGUUGAAAAAGAGGCUGAAGCAAUGGUGCUUGAAGCGGCUGCUACUUUGGAAGAGGAGGAAAGAGUAUUUAUUAAUGGUGGUAUGAAGGACGAGGAUGUUGAUGACCGCAAGCCCAUGGCAGCUCCUUCUUCAGCGGCUCAAUAUAAAGGCCCUGGGACCCGAAGACGAAAGGCCUAA